AUGGAUUCUCCGGUAAACUCCCAGCCAUGGAGUUGCCUGUUUGUGCAUCUGUACUUGGCGAAGUGCCGGAAACAUAUAAUCCCAGGGUGGUUUCAGAAGCUCCCCCAAGUAGACCUCCACCUCGUCGGCUCCGUCUCCACUAAACUCCCUGCCAUGACGUUGAACCUCCUGUCACUCAAUCGCGAUGUUCUAUACAUCGUACUUUCUUACUUGAAUGCCUCCUCCGCGCUGACGCUUUCUAUGGUCUCUCGCGAAGCCUACGACAUUAGCUUGGCUCGCAGCCUCUCUAGCGUUUGUAUCACACAGUCUCAAGACCAGCUCCGUGCUUUUUGCAUGGCCAUGCUAAUGAAUGGAGGUGUCCGGCUCCCCUUUCUUCGCGAACUCACCAUUACCUCCUCUGCAUUCGGUGUCGCGCGCCACAUCGAGUUCACCCACACAGUUGACUUCUCCGCUUCUUCCCAGUUAGUGGACCUCUUGGAAGGCGCGGGGCGCCUUCGCCGACUCUCGAUAUCGUGCUUUGAAGCGCUCAUUACACAUGAGCCCCGCAUUGCUGCUGCGCUCGAAGUGUUGCCCGACCUCGUAGAUGUCUCACUCCAUAACUGUGGAGAAUUAUCUCUUACGCAUCUCCCCCAAAUGUGCAGCCAGCUGCGCAGGCUCACCUUCACACAGCUCUUCAACAAAAGGACUCCGGCGUUGUUUGAGAGACUAGGUGCACUGCAGAAUCUCGACUGUCUCGAGCUGGCACAUCUCGAUAUCCAGACUGACAAGACUUGGCCGCCCACCGACUUCGGAAUGGCGGAGCGGAAGCAGAUCCCGUCCUUACGCACACUCUCAGUUCAUGGCACGAAAGCGCGAAUGUUGAGUUUCGUGAACGCGUUCCCUAACCUACACACACUCGUCGUCUCAGAUAUAUACGCAGACCCCGUCGAAGGAGACAACGACACCGGGAACUUUGAAGCGUGCUGGCCAUCUCUCGACCGCCUUCGGGGAAACGUGCCUGAUUUUGCCCACUGGGUCAUCGCAUGCCCUGUACGAUUGCUUGAACUCGAGCAAACCUCAUACCACUACGCCACUGCGCUGGGGGUGAUAGAGCGAACGAAUCCGAUCAUACUCUCUCUCCCAGUUGAGACUCGAGUCAGUCAGGCUGCAUUUUGGGGACAAUUUGUGCGCGUCGUUCCGCGGCUGCGACACCUAGCACUGCGUCUUGAAGAGGGACACACGAGCAAGGUCGACGACUGGAUGGGUACCAUCCCGCAGAUCCUCGGCACAAUCCCCAUCCAAUCCCUGUCCAUCUGCAUCCGGCCAUUCCGGGUACCCUCUCCUGCUCUUAAUCCGGUUCGACAUGUCGCAGGACCAGUUCCGACCUCCGACUCUCUCACCGAGUCCGUGCUCCAUGCGUUUCGCUUGCACAUAGCAUGUACCAUUGCCUCACUGCGCUGGGUUGCGGUAACUGUGGCGGAGAAGGAGAAAUUUUCUGUUGGUGAUACACCUGCUGUUAUAAAUGCGGAGGUGCCGCUGUGGUGGCGCGUGGACGGUGGUGCACUCGAGCCAAUCCUCAAGUACCAGGACUUUACUCCGAUAGACGCGAAGGAAAGUACAGAUACGGUGAGACCGUAUCUAUGCCUACCCCGUACACGAUACAAACUGAAAAUUGAAGCUUGUGUAUCUGUAGCUGUGGAUUCAAAAGCGAUAGAGGAAAGAGGAGACUGUCCUCCAUAG